AUGACCACCCCCGCCCCCACCACAGACACCACCACCCCGCACCUCCAAGACCUCGUCCAAACCGUACACAAAAACCUCCAACACCUCGCCGACUGGUCCUCCCUCGUGAUCCACAGCUCCCCCUCCUUCCCCCGCCCCCUCAUCACCGGCCUCCCGCCCGACCCCGUCUACAUCGACCCCGACAGCGCCUCCGCCUACAACGCCGAGGACAAGAACUCGCCCGAGCGCAGCCAGCACGAGUGGGUGCUUCCCGUCGACCUGCGCGAGAAGUGGACACUGCGCAAGUGGGCGCAGGUGUUUGAUAGCUUGCCGGAGGGGUACUGGGGUGAGAGCGGAGGGAAGAUGAGGGGGAAGAGGAUAUUGCUGGCGGUGGUCUCGGAUGAUAGUACGGUCGUGCAUUAUGUCGUGCAUGAUGGCAUCGUGAAGCCGAGACAGAACUGA